AAUAAAAUAUUAAAUAAAAAAAGUAAAGGUGGGAAAGGUUUGGGGAAAGGAGGCGCCAAGCGGCACCGUAAAGUCCUGCGCGAUAACAUCCAGGGCAUCACCAAGCCCGCGAUCCGGCGUCUGGCGCGCCGCGGCGGCGUGAAGCGAAUCUCCGGCCUGAUCUACGAGGAGACCCGCGGGGUGCUGAAGGUCUUCCUGGAGAACGUGAUCCGGGACGCGGUCACCUACACCGAGCACGCCAAGAGGAAGACCGUGACCGCCAUGGAUGUGGUGUACGCACUCAAGCGCCAGGGACGAACCCUGUACGGCUUCGGUGGAUAAACGCGCCCGGACUUCCUUAAAAACUCUAAAACCCCAAAGGCUCUUUUAAGAGCCGCCCACCAUCCUGUAGAAGAGCAAAGAUCCAAAACCUUCUGAUUUAAUCAAACCUUCUGUUCUUAUCAAACCCUCUGAUUUAAUCAAACUCUCUGAUUUUAGUAAAAUCUUCUGUUUUUAUUCA